CUCUAGCUGAAGUAGCUCAAGCAUUAAAAAACCCAACAGCUUCUCCCCCAACUCCUCUACACCUUCAUUAUGACACAAGAGGGGCAAUCACAAAAAAGAUGAUGUAGACCUCUUACAUGAAAUGGAUGUAAGUCGGAACCCUCCUUAGUUCUUUCCAAAGAGAAGCCAAAGCGCAUCUAGCUCACUGUGGUGGCUCAGAAAAAUGGCUUCUUCCCUCAAACUCUCCUACCAAAGGCUUGAGAAGCUCCCUCUUGAAUCAGAUGAAGAUCAUAAAUUGAUUAAAAAGAACUACUUAGAGGAUCUUAUGGUUGUUAGGAGGAGCAGAAGAUGUGGCAGCAGCAAUGGCGGUCGACAAUGGUGGGGGUGGCGGCGAAGCAAGCCGAGGGUGAGAAUAGCAGGGCUUAGAAGGCUUUGUAGGAGGAAGGGGAAUCUAGUUGCUAAAGCAUUGAGAGUGACAAUGGCCAAGGUGGUGAGGAGGUUUAAGGAGGGAAAACCAUACAUUGGAGACUUAUUUGCAGGGAAUUACAUGUUCAUGCAAGUAGCUCCUUCACCAACUAUGGGCUCUCUCAAAAAGUCCUUGCCAAACUAUUACUACCACCACUACAACCACCAUAAUAUCAUCAUCCCAACACCUACUGUGAGGUUUAAUUAUAUCUGAAGAAUUCUAUCUAAUCGUGUUCUUUUUGCAUCUAUAUUGACUAUGAUUAACUGAUUUUUGUUGUUGUGUUUUAAUUUCUGGUUCAAUCAAGUGUAUGUGAACAGGUAUGUGUUCAAUCCUCUCCAUCAAAUGUUUUCCAUGAGUACUCUGGAAAUAAGAUUGUAUUCGAAUAAAUUAUUUUUUUUUUCUUGAGUCUCUA